AUGGAGGAGAGAAAAGAACGCGUUCUGAUAUUCAUUUCUGCAGUUUUCAUUGAAUUCUUUAAUAACACCAACGGGGUCAUUCUGACCAGAGAUCAGGAGGGGCAGAGGCUGGACACUUCUGGACAAAUUCUGGACAUUAUAGGACAGAAACAGUGCGUUCGAGAAUGUAUGCGCCGGGGGGAUUGUCUAUCGGUCAAUUACUGGAGGAGAGACCUACGAUGUCAACUGAACCCCUCCACAGUGGGCCUGGGGGCUGUCCUAAUACCUGAUGUUAAUUGUGUGUAUAUGGAGAGGGCAUCGCAGCCUCAGGAAUUACUCACCGGGCCAUGUGUUUCCACAACUUGUUCGUUCAGAUGUACGUACCUAUCGAACGGAGGGACGUUUUGUGGACCUGAUAUCAAUGAUGCUGUCAUAAAAACCAAUGAAGCAAACUGUCCAUCAAACUACAGAUGGGUACCCUCUGUAAACCUUUGCUACAUAGUAUUUGAAUCAACAAGAACCUGGCAAGACGCCAAGUCUCAAUGUGAAGGCGCAGGAGCCAGACUUGCUGUACUAGACACCCCUAUGAAGCUCACUGCAAUGCAGAAUGAGUAUGAUUCAGGUGCUGUGACGAGUCAACCUUAUUAUAUUGGAGCCUCGUUCGACAAUACCUUAAUGGCUUGGAAAUGGAUAAACGGCUUUAGCGUGGAUCCUUUUUUUCUUUCUAUGUAUUCGGUACCUAAUGUUACUGAUACAUGCCUCACGUGGAAUCAUCUGGAUACCCUUCAGGAGUGUCCCUGUAUUUUGAAACAUCCGUACCUUUGCGAAAUUCCUACUUGAUUCAAUUUAAAAAGAUACAAAGAAGCGAUACCAUUGUUUUGUGGAUAUUUGUAGCUGUACAUAUUUUUACACGGUGUUUCAUAACGUUUAUCUGAUUAAAACAGAGGAGUUAUGGUACCCUACUAGUGAUUUAGAGGGCAGAAACUGUAGAGUUACAUGAUUGUGUUGAGAAUAAAUCAUUGGAUAAAUAUGAUUUGCAUUUUUAAUAUAUUCAAAAGCCAUGUUUUAUGCAUUGUUUCAAAUGUAUGAUUAUCUUAUUC